CUGAAAUGGGGGAAAUGUUUCAGCACGGUCAAGGGUAGAAUCCGGAAUAAUUGGCAUUGGCGUGGUGGUUACCUCCUCCUCCGCGUUGUGGAAUGUCUUCAAUGCCUUCCUUUCAUGCGAGACGUUAAACAAAAAACCUUUUGAGCCCGUAAACAAAUCGCCAUGCGCGCAAAUUCCGCUGAUGCGGGUGCUCGACUGUGGCGCAAUUUUUCUUCACGCGACGAGGAGAAGCACCGCGUGAUGAGGAUGAUGAACCGGCCGGGGAGGGCAACAGGAGGUUGGGUUGGUAAAUAAAUAUUUUGUUUAAACUCAUUUUUUUUAAACCACAAACCCCCGCUGGAGGUUGACGUUGGCGUGCCGAACGUUUCGCUGUGAUGACAACACCGACCAGCAGCGGGACGCGAUUUGGGGCAGAUGGAGAAAUUUCGACUGCAUUCGCGUUAACUGCUCCAACAGGACGCAUCAUCCGGUCCCUCGACAGAGGGGAGCUCUCUGCAACUUGCUACCCAGCCGCCGACUUGGCAAGGGACGGAAUUCUCACGGAGCGCCGCUGUGAGACGCCACGAGCGAUGUCCGUGACGCCUCAAGAGAAACUAUCGGCGUCUUCUCUGGAGGAGAGUCACAUCGUGAACUUUGAUAACCAUCGCCUGUACUGCCGCUACUACAGCCCGGCAAACCAGCAGCAGCCCAGGGCACUGGUGUUCGUGAGUCACGGGCUGGGCGAGCACUGUGGCCGCUAUGACGAGGUGGCCCGGAUGCUGGUGCAACACGGCGUGCUCGUGUUUGCCCACGACCACGUUGGGCACGGGAGGAGCGAGGGCGAGCGAGUGUCCGAGGCUCGGCUCGGCGUCUACGUCCGCGACUGCCUUCAGCACGCGAGGCUCGCGAGGACGCGGCACCCGGAGCUGCCCUGCUUUCUGCUCGGCCACUCGAUGGGUGGCGCCGUGGCCGUCGCGGUUGCGAGCGAAUGCCCAGACGACUUUGCGGGAGUCAUCCUCAUCUCCCCGCUCGUCACCCUGAGCCCGUCCGUCACGUCGCCCACGUUGAUGUAUAUGGCCCGAAUUAUGAAUUACAUGUGGCCUAGAUGUCCUGUUGGCUCUGUGAACACAGCCUGGUUGAGCAGAGAUUCCAACGAGGUGCAGGCGUACGAAUACGACCCGCUCGUCCAUCACGGCCGCCUGAGCGUGGCCAUGGGGCUGGGCCUCUCGGAGACGUCGGCGCGCGUCCGUUGGCUCGUCCCGUCGGCCCGCUGGCCGUUCCUGCUGCUGCAGGGCGGUGCCGACCUCCUGUGCGACCCCGAGGGAGCCCGGCUCUUCUAUGACCUCGCGCCCAGCCAGGACAAGACGCUCCGGUGGUACCAGGACGCCUAUCACGUCCUCCACAAAGAGCUACCGGAGGUGAAGGAGGCCGUCCUGAAGGAAAUUGAAAGCUGGGUGCUCGCUCGUCUGCCUUCCCUGCCUUCCUAGCUCGCUGCUGUGUGAGUGUACGUAUGUAUAAUUUAACUCGCACCGUACGUAACCAACCACGCUAAUCGGGAGGUUCUGGGGAAGGACAAACUAAAGACAUAACGCAGUUCUAAAGACAUUAGUUUUCAUCCAGGUGAUUUAAAAGUGCAUAGCUCCAGUGGCUUAUUAAUAUCGGAAGAAAAACGUUCCAGACGGCCGCAGAAGCACACCCAUGCAGUGACCGUCUUCGUUCGAUGGCCAGCCAAACAUGGCGAGGGUGAACACAGCCCUUCUCUGUACAGCCGUUUGUAAGCAGGCCUGAGCCAUGAUGGAUCAAUUCUAAGAAACUCCACUUGGCUCAUUUCUUGUCCUCGCAUUGAAGGGACUCAGCCCCUCUACCCCCCACUCCCCAGCCCCAUCCACUCCCCUCCUACAACCCAUAACUGGUGGGAAACUAAAUUGGGUUUUGCAUACAAUACUUAAAAUUUACAAUACUAGAGUUAGCUUAUACAACCCUGAACUAACAUGUAUUAUUUUAAGUUAAUAAAGAAAAGAUGGCAAUGAUCACUCAACUCCGUUUCUGGGUUGACUCUGCUGUGUCUGAACGCGGCCAACAUGGGAUAAAGGCCUUAACGGGUCCGUGUGGUAACCCCGACUCAGGCGGCUGCUUUGGGAAUGCGGGCAGAGCCUCACACUUCAGCGCAGGAGGAAAGGCACAAUGGCAAAGUUGCACUGCAGUGGGAAAAAAAUACUACUGCCGUCACCUCCGAUUGUAGCACGGUUGGCUACGUACGGUUGCGAAAGAAGUUCAACGUGCAUACGUACAUUAAGAUUUGAUUUUUCUUGGGGCCCGGAUAGUGCAAGCAAUGGGAUUUGUUAGCAGCACAACAAAACAAUGGAUGGGAAACAUGGGAUUGAGGGGGACGGGGAGGUUUUUCGGGCUGCCGAUGCAAGAACCACAUUUUUUCAGGGCAGAGGAAUUUCACAACACAUCACAGCAACGUCGACAUCACGGCACAGUACUUAUGUAAGUUCUGGGGAGUUUACCGGUGGGUUUAAAUGAUACGUGCCACCCGAAGCCAAUUAAGGGAUAGUGAUUAUCGUAUUACUCUGCCAGUGUCAACUACACCCACCAGUCUUCCCACAUCCAAGCCCCGUGUGCCUGGCUUGCUCAACGCAGAAAAUAAAAACUUGGCACAUUUCCUCAAUAAGGCAUCUCUAAAAGGAAACAAAUUUUUAACAGUGACGUCACAGUCACGUGUUAAUGACGAAUGUGCCGAGUUUACAAGGUAGUGCCUUUUCACCAUUGCUGAUAAAUGUUUGUUACAAUUAGAAAAGGACUGCGGUUUUAGUUUUAAAUGUCCCAUCUAUGCCUACAAUUCAGUAAAUCGGCAAUUAAACAUAAACACUAAAACAUGUUUUUUUGGGUCAUUUUAAUGACACAUCUUAUACGUAUACAUUACUCAAUGUACUGAGUUUAAAAUCGCUGGCGACUGUACAAUAAUAAUGCUGGCUAGCACCGAUGCUUUCAGUCAGUGAAAGUUAAAUAAAAUUAGACAAACUGCAGUACACACGUGCUUAGAGGUUGUGGAAAAUUAGCGUGUGCUUAGCGAAGUGGUAGUAGUUAUCACCAGAGUAACAAAAUACUGCGUCACUUUAGUAAUUCAGAGGAAUUAUUAAUGUAUCACUACACAAAAUAUUUGUAUAUCUCCAUACAAAGACAUAAAUCACAGUGCCCCCGUGUUCAAUCAUUUAACAUGCAGACGAGACAAUUCACGCUCUCCACUGGGUUACUACCAGGGUCAACAUCUCUCAGACCAACAUAUGAAUGCACUUCUAAAUCCAUUCUAAAUGCUGCUAUAAACCCAAAACGCCUCAAAAAUGAUUUUGUUUCACAUUCAAGGGUUUGGCUUGUAGUUAUUGCUUAUAAAUCCCAAGUCGAUUGUAAAUAAUUGGAAUAUUAGUACUGUAUUAACUUGACCGUAUAUGAUGUAUACAUAAUACAUUCACUUAGAAAUGUACAAAUUGGAAGGAAGAUUUCAUUGUGCUGGGCUUCCCCUCCAAUGCUUUAAAAGGGGUUCCAAUUUGUUAAGGAAAUAAAAUAUGCUUGCAAACCAA